AUGGGAGCAGGCAAUGCCAGUGAGUUGAGCGAAUUCUUCCUUGUGGGCUUCACCAAUGAGCUUCAGCUUCAGCCCGUCCUCCUUGCCCUCUUCUUCCUCAUCUAUGCAGUCACAGUAGUUGGAAACCUGGGCCUCCUUGUUCUCAUUGUGGUGAGCUCCCGACUCCACACUCCCAUGUAUUUCUUCUUCAGCAACCUGUCCUUUAUUGAUUUAUGUUAUUCUUCCAUUACCAUCCCCAAAAUGUUGAUGGGGUUUUUCUCUGGUUGCCAAAACAUCUCCUUCUCUGGUUGUGUGGUCCAGACAAGCUGCUUUGUGAUCUUUGCUGUCACUGAGUUCUUCCUCUUGGCCUCCAUGGCCUAUGACCACUACGUGGCCAUCUGCAGCCCUCUGCUCUACCAUAUCAUCAUAUUUCCAAGGUUCUAUUUGCAGCUAGUGGCUGCCAGCUAUGCAGUCCUUCGGCUCCUCCUGUUUGUUUGUGGUGGUUUUAAUGUGUCUGUGUCCCUUACAGUAGUCCUGGUCUCCUACACAUGUGUCUUCAUGGCUAUCAUCAGAAUCCCCUCAGCCCAGGGCAAACAUAAGACAUUCUCCACUUGUGCAUCCCACCUGACUGAUGUCAGUUUGUACUAUGGAACCAUGGUAUUCAUUUACUCGUGCCCAACCUCUGAGUACUUACUAGGCAGGGAAAGGCUGUUCUCUAUAUUUUACACAGUGGUCAUCCCCAUGCUCAACCCCAUGAUCUACAGUCUGAGGAACAAAGAUGUGAAGGAAACAUUUGGGAAUGUUCUCAGGAAGACCUCACAAUUCUUCCCCCUCCCCAUACCCAGAUUUCCAUGA